UAUAAAAGAUCCCUUGCUGCUAAUUGAAAAGAGUAGCCCAUGAAGUGGCGACGGCGGGUUUCCUCUCUCAAUAUCUGUGUGGUUCUUAACCAUAUGUCUGACGCCACAUAACUGUAAACUAUCUUAAUGUCAUUUUAUGUUGUUAGUAAGAUUUACUAGUGUGAGGUGUAGACGUGUGCACCAACUAUUUUAGUACUUGUCAAGCAUGUUUUCUGAUGAUAUUGCAAGUUUCUAAUCUUAUCAUAAACACUUUGUUUGUAGGCUCUGUGUGUAUCAAACUUAUAUAUCAAUAAACACCUAUUUUCAAUAUUUCACUUUCUCUAACUUUCACUAAUAUCGGCAAUAACGAUGAAAUCAAAAUUGCGUGGCUAUGAUCGGCUAAACUACAUUGUUUGCCUGGAAGAUUCAAGAUGGCUGCUAAUCAUAGGCUAUGAUAUUGGGAAGAAAGUACUUCAUUCAUCCUAGAACUUGGGAGACAAGUAAAUGUUCAUUCCGGGUUGCUUUCAGAGAGGCUGGUAAAGAAACAAGAUGUUGUGAAUCAGAUAAAACCGUUGAAGGUACUCAGUCUUAAAAGAAAAAAUGUCUAGCAGUGAUGAUAGAUGUGUCGAAUGUGAGGUCUCUUCAAAACAUUGUCAAAACAUCCAUCAUCUGGAAGAACAAACGUCAGCAUCUUCUUGUGAGAAACCUUUCCAAUGUGGGAUGUGCUUAAAGUGUUUCUCUUACAAGUGGCGAAUUAAGCAGCAUAUGAGGAUCCACAUUGGUGAACGACCAUAUCAGUGUGAGGUGUGCAGAAAGUGUUUUCUUGAGAAAGACUACUUGAAAAAGCAUAUAUUAAUUCACAAUGUAGUUAAUAAUUUCAAAUGUGAGUACAUCUGUUGAUCCUGCAACUUUGAAGAUACAUCAGUAAAUAUUCACUCAAGACUGGCUUCAAAGAGGCUGGUAAAGAAACAAUAUUUUGUGAAUCCGAUCAAAACGUCUUAAGAGAAAUAUGUCUAUCACUGAUGAUAGAUGUGUCGAACGUGAGGUCUCGUCAAAACAUUGGGGAAGGAAGCCUCAUCUGCAAGAAGAAAUUAAACCACAUUCUUGCGAGAAGCCUUUCCAAUGUGGGAUGUGCUUGAAGUGUUUCUCUUACAAGAGUAAGAUUAAGCAGCAUAUGAGGAUCCACACUGGUGAACGACCAUAUCAGUGUGGGGUGUGCAGAAAGUAUUUCCUUGAGAAAAGAUACGUGAAAAAGCAUAUAUUAAUUCAUAAUGGAGUUAAGAAUUUCAAAUGUGAUGUGUGUUCAAAAUCUUUCUUGCAUAGUUCCCUCUUGAAAGUACAUAUGCUCGUUCAUACUGGUGUUAGGCCUUUUAACUACCAUAUGUGUGUAAAGCGUGUUUCACAAAAUACCAACUUGAAACAACAUAUGUUGGUUCACACUGGUGUUAAGGCUUUCAAGUGCGAGGUAUGUGAAAAAUGUUUCUCACAAAAUAACACGUUGAAACAACAUAUCUUGUUUCACACUGGUGUUAAGAAUUUCAAAUGUGAUGUAUGUGCAAAAUGUUUCUCACAAAAUUCCAACUUAAAACAACAUAUGUUGGUUCACACUGGUGUUAAGAAUUUCAAAUGUGAGGUAUGUGCAAAACGUUUCUCACAAAAUACUGACUUGAAACGACACAUGUUGGUUCACACUGGUGUUAAGAAUUUCAAAUGCGAGGUAUGUGCAAAAUGUUUCUUAAGCAAUGGCAAAUUGACACAACAUAUGAACAUUCACAAUGGUGUUAAGAAUUUCAAAUGUGAGGUAUGUGCAAAAUAUUUCUCACUAAAUAAAAUCUUGACACAACAUAUGUUAGUUCAUACAGGUGUUAGGAAUUUCAAAUGUGAGGUAUGUGCAAAAUGUUUCCCACGAAAUACCAACUUGAAGCGACACAUGUUGGUUCACACAGGUGUUAGGAAUUUCAAAUGUGAAGUAUGUGCAAAACUUUUCUCACAUAAUACCGACUUGAAACGACAUAUGUUGGUUCACACUGGUGUUAAGAAUGUCAAAUGUAAGGUAUGUCCAAAUGUUUUGCACUAAAUACAAUUUUGAAACAACAUAUGUUAGUUCACACAGGUGUUAUGAAGUUCAAAUGUGAGGUAAUUGCAAACUGUUUCUCACAGCAUAUCAGGGUUGAAAAUAAGCAGUCGCCCGUGGCGACCUUUAUUGGCUAAGGGCGAUGAAGAAUUUUACAAAAGUAAUUCGUUGGACGACCAUCGAUUUUAGUGUCUGGCGAGUAUGGUACUAGUUAAAAAAGAAACACACUGAUACUGAAUCGAAUGUGACAAUACACACCGCGUCUAUGUUGGCGCAAACUACAGAACUGGCAGAAGAAGACAUAGAACAUGUCCUAUAUUUUGACAGCGCCAACAUAAUGAAUAUAAAAAUAUAUUCAUUUAAUUUUUAAACCCAUAACGUCUCAAAUAAGAUUUUAUUCAGUGUAAAAGUGUCGUGUAAAUUAAAACAAAUUCUUUACAAAUUACCAAACUGCGUAGGUUAACUCUUCUUUUUUGUCAUAAAAGUUUUAAGGCAUUGAUAGAACAUCCAAUGUAAUAUGAAUGAGCAUAAAAACCUGUUUCUUUAGGCUCUGUCUGUAUCUAAAUUAUAUAUCAAUAAACAACUGCUUUA